AUGAACCAACGUAGUAAAAACCUUGUGCUACUUGCACUUUCAAAUGGCAAUCAAAACUCCGUUGAAGUGCAAAAUUUAGCCAACUCUACAAGGAUGCCAUGUUCUGAACAUACAUUGUCUCAUCAUACAAAUUCCGAGAAACAAGUAACACCAGCCAAUCUAGAUGACCUUACAACAACUACUCCAGAGCAGAAUGAUACUACUUUAGAGAAGCCCAGUAACUCUCCGUCUAUUUUAUAUGCCACUAAUGAAACGAAUGAACGAAAUAAUAUCGACUUCCCAACAGGUGAUUUCUCCGGCAUUGAUUUAGGAGAUGACCCUCGUGCAAGGUCGUCUUCAUCCAGUAGCUCCAGAAGCAGUUCCAGCUGUAGCUCCAGUAGUAGUUCCAGUGGCAAUUCAAGUAGCAGUUCCAGUGAUACUCCUGCUGAGAAUAAUAAUUCUAAUAAUGAGAGUCUUUUUAACGGGCAUAACCAAACAGAGCAACCUAUAAGUAAACCAAGAGGCAGAAAGCGUACGCGUAAUCCAACAACCUGGAAAAAAGAAUGUUGCUAA